AUGUCUUCGUCGAACCAACGGCCCAUUAUGGGACCCCCUGAAACACCAAGCAGAGCGAUGCAACCAUCCUCGAGUCUCUUCCCAACCUUACAGCUCUCCCCCGAUUUGUACGCACAUCAGUUCUCUGGUCCAACUACGGCCCAGGUAUAUCCCAAUCAAGGGCUGCUCUGGGACUCUUCAAACCUCAAUUUUCAUGAGCCGUCUCUGUCUCAACAAUAUCAAGACCCUUUCCAAUUCAAUCCGUCUGCCCUGAGUAACCCAUUCGCAUCUUCGACGGUAGGACCAAGUUUUACCCCACAAGGGGCUAUCCUAGAUGACCGGCCUUACGAUUUGCCCGCAAUGCCCCGUUCGUCAAGUUUCUCUCACAUUGACGGCGCUGCUUUUCCUGCACCUUUUACAACCUCGCCUCGAAUGCCUCUCCCACAAGUCGAGAACCCGAGUAUGUUUCUCAGCUCGCCUGCUCGCAGAUUUGGUCCCUCCGAUCGACGCACAAGCCGGUCCCAGCACAAUCCUGUUCUCGAGCGGCCGGCAUAUGCACAUCAGAUGGAGGAAUCUCGGCGAGAGCAAGAAAUGAAACGCCUACGGGGGGGAGACACGAAGCAGCCAUCCAUUACACGGUCGGUGAUGGAGGCUUUGAGGCGACCUGUCUCUCCGAAAAAGGAUAGUAGGCCAGGUCUCAAAAGGAGUCUCACACACACGGGCGUGCGAGGUGACCGAGGCCCCAAACUCCAAACACAUGGUCCUGUUGGAGGACGCAAUUCUCCAGCUCCCGUUGAGCCUCAGAGGCCAAAUCGACCAGGACGUUCUUCCCCUCUCAAAUCAAAUGCCGAUCCCGUAUCACGAACUCUGACCAGCAGUCGGAAUGCAAAUCCUAAACGCGGUUCACUCUCCUUGGCCAUUGACGAGAACGGCGUAGCGAAAACGAUCAUGGCCGAGAACGAUUAUGAUAUGGAUUUGGGUGGCGCGUCUGGGAGCGACGCUGAAUCCUUUGACGACACAGACUUUCACAUUCUUCGAAGUCAAAAAAUUUCCUUUGCCUUUUUGAAUGAUGAGGAUCUUUCUCGUCAAAGCCAUGCCCGUAUGAACAGACCUUACAGCCAUUCGAAGACCAGCUCUCAUUCUACGAUGGCAUCAGUCAACUCGAACAAGCAAUCCUCGUACCAGAGCUCGGCGUCCAGCCUCACCAACACCAGAGGCUCCGACGGCCACCACGCACGGCGAAAGCGACCAAUCUUGGGCUCCACCAUCGAAGACGACACAUUGAUGGAAGACGAACCUGCCGGAAAUGCUCAAUAUGCACUAAGAGCCAUCAUCCAGGACCGAUCACGGUCCACCUCAACGCCAGGCGACCAUUCAAACCCGGCACAAUGGCAUUCUUCUCCGCCCCUACAGCAAAGUCAAUAUGCAGUGUACAAUGCCUCGCCGACUACAAUCACAGACCCAGACCUGGCGACACCGAGCACCGAUAGAGAGAGCCUUGCUAGCAACACGAGCACGAGAUUGAUUCAUGCUCAAAGUGGUUGCACAGAUCUUGCGUGGGCAUGGACAAUCGGCGUAGGCCAGAGGCUUACGUCUGUGCGUAUUGCACGCAGACACCUCUAUCCUCUGGACAAGGUACUCUACGCCCGUCAGCUUUACCGUCCUCGGCGAGCCCACUGGCACAUAAAUCAAAACGACAUCACUGAGAAGCACGAGUAA